AUGAAGUUCAUCACUCUCGCCUUGGUCAGCACUGCCACCGCUGCCAUGGUAGCCCGCGACGCUACCGUAGUCAAAGCUGUCAUGUCCACCAUCGGGACCGACCUUGACGCCGUCAAGACUGCUGCCGAUGCCUACAAGGGUGACAAGACCGACCUUGUCAAGGCCGCCGAUCAGCUCGUCGCGGACCUCAAGGAUGGCAAGACCAAGGUCGAGGCCGGCCCCGAUCUGACCAUCAACGAUGCUGUUGAGCUUGGCACCGCCGUCACCAGCCUGACCAAGUCCGGCACUGCCCUCACCGACUCUCUUACCGCGCGCAAGUCCGAGGUCGAGAAGGCUGGCGAGUGCAAGACUGUCCAGGACCAGAUCGCUUCCAUCUCGGAAAACUCCAAGAGCCUCAUUGACACCGUCACCAAGAAGGUGCCCGAGAGCGCUCAGGCCAUUGCCGCGUCGCUCGCUGGCCAGCUGACUGCCGUCCUCCAGAAGGCUGAGGAUUCGUACAAGGACUGCCAGAACUCGGGCAACAGCGGUUCUUCCUCGUCUGCCGCGUCGUCUGCCGCAUCCUCUUCUGCGUCGUCUGCCGCGUCCUCUCCCGCAGGCCCCUCUGGCUCUGCCACCAGCACUGCCACCGGCACCGGCAGCGCCACCAAGACUGGCACUGGCAGCGUCACUGCUACUCAAACCUCGAGCAAGGCCACUGCUACCGGCACUGGCGGCGUCACUCCCACCAGCACCCAUGUGACCGUUCCCACCGGUGCUGCCGCUCUCUACGCCCCUGCCGGUAUUCUCGCUGCCGUUGCCGCCGCUCUUGCUCUGUAA